UUAGAUCAUCUACUGCAGCAAGACGUCGGCGAUCUUUCAGCAGAUUUGGCUGAUGCGAUCGCUGAGAGCCCUUUCGUUUAUUGGCCCGAUGCCUCAACAAUGGGCUGCUUGGGCAUCUGUUUUGGCACAGUUGUCCAGGUUUCAGAUGUUAUCACGAAAGAACAUACCUUUUGGAAGUUUGAAUUCGAUAUCGACCUUGCUGCUCACAAGUUUCGGGCCUACCACAAAUUUUACAAUCGUUGGAGUGACAUACUUGGCCCACUCUUUGCUGGAGGCGAGUUGUCAACAGCUUUUCAAUUUCUAAGUCAGCUGGUGAACAGCUUCAAUGAUGGUACUCAUGAUGUCCUACGAUGGAAAAGCUUCUGGGCCAGUAUUUUAUCGAAGUGCGGUUACACCAAUGAACUUGUUUCUCAACUGAUCGAAGACCGAGAGUCUGUAAAUUUCAGAGACGUGAUAGCACAUCUAUUCCUUCGCGCAAUCUCUAUCCACAAAAGUUCGCCAGAGCUAUUUGCAAGGAGAUUUGCAACUCUUGACACCGAUAAAGUGGUGUUGGUUCCCGAAGCCACUCUCCCAGGCGAUGUCUUAUGUCACUUUAUUGAAGAUGUCAGAACGCCAUAUGUUCUACGUAUUCGAGAUUCUGGCCCAGAAGAAGACGACCCGGUUGUCGAAAAAGUCAUCAAAGAGAUGAAUCGUCCCGAGCGAAGCAGAUUUCCAAUCACAUAUUGUGAUUUCGUUGGGGAAUGCUUUGUUUAUGACUGGGAUUAUGAAGGAUGGUUAAGGACUCUCACACUGGACUGGAGCCGUGCGCCGUAUGACGUGCUUGGUGUUUUUGUGAUGCAUUGAAUAAUUUGCGCUACUCACCUCAAUGACUAGAGGUAUACCAUCCGAGAUUCGAAGAUGCAACCCCUUUCGGCGUCCUCCUAUGGACAUAGCUCACAUGCGAAGGGGAAGCGAGGUCUUCGCGGCUCACAGCAGGCCCCGAAGUCUCGUGCCGAAAAUAUAUUAAUUCAUCUGUUCUCAUGCA